GGCUCUGCACGCCCGUUGCUCUGCUGAUCUGCGCACUCUCAGCCGCCCCCCCCCCCCCAUCGCAGUGCCAGGAGAAGGGCAGGUGCAGGGUGGGUGCGUCUGUUUUCUGACGCAGGAGGCUCCAAGUGAGUCGGCCUAGGCUGCCCUCGGGGUACCAGGGACCCAGGCGGCGGAGAAGCAGUUCUACCUGAGCUUGGAGGACUGGGAUCCUUCACCGUGCCCAGGCCCCUCCAGAACGAGAGUCCAGCGGGUCCUGGGAAGGGAGUGCUGAGUACUGGGGGGUGGGGUGGGGUGGUGUGGAGAGGAUAUUGGGGGCAGGAAGGGAGCUCAGUCUUCUCCUCCCUUGCUGCUGAGUCUUGUUUUUGAGGGAGCAUUUGGGGAUCGGACAGGAAAUGGUGGGAUGUGGGGUGGGAUAUGCCCCCCUUUUCCUGACACAGCUGCACGCCCUGCUUUUGCAUCCCUGUAUCCUGACCGGCCCCCAAGAAGCUGUCAGGUUGAUGUUGAAUCUGCUAGAGGACGUGGGUGUUGCCUUCCCGCUGGGGCCAGCCUGAGUCUUAGCCAGGCCUCCCCUUUAAAUCUGCCCGGAGGGAGAGAUUGGGACCUAAAUACGGCGGCUCGCAUUGGCCAGUCCCUGGCGAAACAGAACCGUGCUCUGACGGAGGAGAACAGCAAGCUGGAAGCCAUGCUGGGCUCAGCCAGGGAGGAGAUUUUACAUCUCAGAUGCCAGCUGUGCUUGCGAGAUGACUUCCUCUAGCUCUACUCCGACUCUGAUGAGGAGGAAGAGGAGGAGGAAGAGGAAGAAGAGGAGGAGGAGGAAGAGGAGGAAGAGGCAGAGCAGCAGCACCAUCAUCCCUAUGGAGCCCGUGGGCUGUGAGUGUCCUUUGAGUCGCUACACUACUGCCCCCAGCUGGAAACCCUGCAGGAGCAUCUGAGGCAGCUGGAGGAGGAGAACCAGCCCCUGAGUGAGGAGGUGAGUCAACUCGAUGCCCUUGAGGAAGAGGAGCAAGGGCUCAUCCUGGAUUGUGCGCAGCAGUUUUCCGAAGUCAGUGCGCGGAUGGCCGACCUGUCGGAGGUGUUGGCGCUCAGGACGGAGACCCAAGACCAGCGGCAGAGGGAGGUCACCCAGCUGCGAACCCAGGUCCUGAUGCUGCAGUGCUGCUGCCAAACGUAUGGAGCCCAGAUGGAGAAGUUGCAGCGGCAGUUGGCUUUGGAGAAGGAAAUCCAGAUGAGGCUCCAGGAUGAGGAGGCCCUUCCUGGUUUCCAGGAGACCCUGGACGAGGAGCUCAGAAUAUCUAUAAGGAAGAUAAUCUCAGAUUCUGUGUUUUUUAUGGAAAGGUGCUCUGCUGGGGCCCCCCUCCCCGGUCCCUGCCUGAUCCACACUCACCUUCCCAGAGUGUGGAGAGGGUUUGCUUUUGCUUUCUUUCACUCUUGGCUCCCCACAUUAGCUGCCUGGCCCCUCUACCCCCCUUUUCUCUGUCCAUGUGUGUGGGCCUGUCAUUUCUCCAGGGAUUUUUCCACACUGGGGCCCCAGGGACUUUGCAGGUUCAGCUCAUGUUGUCUUGGGACAGUGAUGGCCCUUUUCUCUGUUGAAGGAGUCACGGGAGAACGGGGGUUUGAGUCUGAGAAGAGGUUAAUGACAGCUGAGGAUUCUGUGCCUUCAGAGGAGCUGGGGGCCACAGAAGAGGGGGUGCCUGCUGUGGACGGGUUGACAGAAGAGGCAGAGUUGGUGUUGAAGGAGGCUGAAGCCUGGGAGGAAGUGGAGCUGGAGCUGGAUAACAGUGUGGUGACCUCGACGUUGGAGGCCAGUGGCUUGGGCCCCUCUCACCUAAGCAUGAAGCAUGUCCUCCAGCAGGUGGCUGACUGGUGGGACUCGGGGUACAGGUGGCAACUUCGACAGAAGUUCCAGAAAGGUGAGAAGGCUUUGCUGUGUCCCAGCAGCCUGCAGAGGCUUCACAGACAGCCUGAGGCCCAUCCUUCAGCUAGCUGCCCGGCCAAGUCCCACCUGCUGCAGAAACCUCCUUCCCGGGGCUCCUGGGUGGCUCAGUGGGUUAAGCCUCUGCCUUCAGCUCAGGUCAUGAUCUCAGGGUCCUGGGAUCGAGUCCCACAUCGGGCUCUC